AUGGUGACACCAGCGCCCGUUACCACCAAAUGGCAGGAGAGGGACAAUGGAUCUCGAGGUUGUGCUGCGCCGUAUGUUGCCAAUCUCUACCACGCCAGAACAACUCACAAAUAAGCAACAACCAUGGCGUUGGGAUAUGCUUCCUUCCAUUGGAGCCGGUCUAUUCAUAUCCGCUGUGCUCCUGCACAAAAUGCAACCUCUCUUCGUUACCAUAGUUUAAAGGAAACUCCCCCACUCUACCGACGCAGAAGUGACAGAUCGACCUCUCAUGCAGACAAAUCUUUUUCUAAUCAAAUCCAUCAGCUGCAUCCGAAUUGGUUUCGACAAAGAAUGCUUCUGUACAACGUCGCUACGAUAACCAACCAUUUCGGAACGGACUCACCGAAGGACGUCUUUUCCGCGAGUCGCACUUGGCGGCUCGUCCCAUAUUAUUUGUGGCAUAUGGUUCUCCCUGCAGGAUUUUCCCUUCCAGAACCCCAUGACUGCCGAUAUGUCGCAGCUUUUUGCGCCUCAAAGGCGUAUGUUUUGUAUAUUAGCGCCAAAGUUCGCUAUUCGAGGUCGUGUCUUACAAUGCCGGCGGUCUGAGAAGCAUCGGAGGCCGGCACUGAGGAGUGGCUUUGCCCGGACAACACAGCAUAAACUCGCAUUUGGUGUAUCUAUUCUGGA